AGCUCAAUUCAUUCCGUGGUAAACCAUGGCUAAAAAAAGACAUUGGCUGCCAAACAACUGUAUAACACCGAUAUGAUUACAUCUGAAUGAUUUCUGUUUCAGGUCGGUGCACCCGUCAUCCUGAUGCGUAACAUCGACGCCCCAAGGACGGUGAACGGGACAGUGUGCACCGUCUCCAGGCUCCACGCCAACGUGCUGGAGCUGCGUGUGGGAUCCGGACCGAGCCGCGGCGAGACCCUGUUUCUGCCUCGGCUGCCCCUGGAGGUGGACGGCGCUGACUCGGGACUGGGGUUCAGCUUCCGGCGACUCCAGUUCCCGGUCAAGGCGGCCUUCUGCCUCACUAUCAACCGGUGCCAGGGGCAAACGAAAAGGAAGAUCGGCGUCUACCUGCCCAGUCCGGUUUUCACCCACGGGCAGCUCUACGUCGCCCUGUCGCGCGUUGGCGACUUCGAUGCGGUGGAGGCGUUGACCACCGCAGCGACAACGCGUAACGUGGUCUACAGAGAAGUUUUGUAGACCGCGUCCGACCAUCCACAGCACCGAUCUCUACUCCAGCUCCACCUAGAUCGGCUGCUGCUCCUCCCAGGUUGAUCUAACCGGCUUGCAUCGGCGCUAGCUUUCCGCUACCU